AUGGCUAACUUUAAAGGACAUGCACUGCCCGGAAGUUUCUUCCUUCUCUUUGGCCUGUGGUGGUCGGUGAAGUAUCCCAUGCGUCAGUGCUGGAAGAAUAACCUGCAUGGGAGAAGACAAAAACUUCCGCUUUUCUUCACCAGGAUAGAUCUCAUUGAGGGAGCUAUCAAGAUCUUCUUUUCCUUUGUCGGCAUCAUGGCAGAGCAGUUUGUGCCCGACGGACCUCACGCCCACCUGUACAAUGACGGUUGGGUGAAACUGAUGAACUGGCAACACAGCACCAUGUACCUUUUCUUUGGCAUCUCUGGCAUCGCAGACGUCCUCUGUGCGUCCUCUCUCCCAGUUCCGAAAGGCCUGGAUCGCAUGGCUCUGUCUCUGGCUCUCUUUGUGGAAGGAUUCCUUUUCUACUUUCACGUCCACAAUCGCCCCCCUCUGGACACACACAUACACUCUCUGCUGCUUUUUGCCGUGUUUGGCGGAGUGGCAAGCACCAUGCUGGAGGUGUUUAUCCUGGACCAUCCAAUCCUAGAGCUGACCAGGAGCAGUCUGGCCAUCCUCCAGGGAACCUGGUUUUAUCAAAUUGGCUUUGUGCUAUUCCCAUUGCGUGGACCUGAAUGGAACGAAAAAGAUCAUGGAAACCUCAUGUUCAUCACCAUGUGUUACUGCUGGCACUUGGCCGUGGCACUGCUCAUCGUUGGCAUCAACUACAGCAUUGUUUUUUGUGCAAUGAGGAGACGUGGUGCGGGGCAGAGAGAUCAAAUCGAGAUCGGACUUCGAAAGAGCGCUCUCUCUGACACUAGCACUCAGAAGGCUCUGCUCCAGGACUCUGAUGAAGAGUAG